AUGUUGAUCGAAUACCUAGCAACUAUUCAAAAGGCAUAUUUCAACGAUGAAUCCAUUGAAAACAAGCCGCCAAACGAAGAAAUCCCAGCAGUCUCGGUGAAUAAAACCACACGUAGUAAUGACUAUAAAUGUAGCGAUCAUCCAUAUACAAUCCGGAUCGUUCAUCAUACACCGUUGAUUGUCUAUAUUGAAAAAUUUCUGAUUCCCACCGCGGUGGUGAAAUGUAUCGAAGAGCGAUUUGCUCGAUUUCAAGGUAAUCUAGAUCUUGAAUACCUCGAACCAUUACAAGUAGUCAAAUACACAUCUGAGCAAGAGUUCAAACCACACUACGAUUGGUUUCCUACGGAUGAUUUAGUACAGAGUAGUGACCAAAGACUAACGACCUUCGUCACCUAUCUUUAUUCGAAUUGCUCACGAGGCGAAACUGAAUUUCUCAAGAUUCCGUUUCACAAAUCGGGCCUUCGAUUUCCUCCAAUAUCUGGAAAUAGUAUUUUUUGGUACAAUGUAGAUGAUCAAGGAAAAGGUGAUGCUUCGACAUAUCAUGCUGGUAGACCACCGAAAGACGGCGGUCUGAAAAUUGGAUUGAACACCUGGACACGUUCAAAGAAAAUAACGACAAAAAAGCGAAAGGAUGUUAUGUAA